AAAUGUGCACUGCGUCGAUCGGGAAACAUUUUUGCACAUUUAUAAAGUUAAUGAAAAACUCACUUAUGAUUAUAGAUACUUCCAGCAAGUUUGGACAAAGACGAUUACGGAAAUAAAAGGCAAAGCGUGGAAAAGUUUAAAUGGACUUUAAAUGGGCUGAUGUUGGACUCAUGAAGGUUACCUGGGUUAAUGGAUUUUAUUGAAAUCAAAGUAUUUUUCAGGAAGCCUCACAACCAUGGACGCCUGUGACUAAUUUUAUUUUGUUUUGAUCCACGCACGGGCUGAGAACAAAAAUGUGACCACUUGCUUUUUACCCAACACUUUCUUCUUUUUAUUUUAAAAGUCGUGUUUUUAACCUCACUUCUCCCUGAAGAGAAAGGAACGGUCUUUUAAAUUUGGUCUGCAAGACGAGUCUAAAAGAAGAGCAUCAAUGGAUUGAAAGAUUUUACUUUCAGCUUCAAGUGAAAAAAGUGCCUCAAGCAAGGUCGGGAGAUGUGUGAAGGAGUGUGACGGACGGCCAUGGGACUGGAGAGACGGUGGCUUCAGGCUGUCACCACUGCUGUAGCCAUCUGUCUGCUAAGUGUGUCUCAAGGUGUGGCAUCAUUGGUUCGUGCCAGAGAGGGGGGCUCUGCAGAACUGAGCUGCAAUCUCUCCCCUACAUCCAAAGAAGGCACCACCCCAAACCUCUUUCCCCUGCAUGUGGUGGAGUGGGUGCGCCUCGGUUACAACGUUCCCAUCCUCAUCAAAUUUGGGGUGUAUGCUCCUCGGGUUCAUCCAAACUACAAGGGCCGUGUGUCUCUGACCCGUGGUGCCUCUCUGCUGGUUGAUCGGCUGACCCUGGAGGAUGAGGGCUGGUUCGAAUGUCGCAUCCUGCUCCUGGACAACGAAAAAGAUGACUUUCGAAACGGCACGUGGACCUUCCUCUCCAUCACAGCUCCACCUAAGUUUAUCAAGACACCACCAACUUUCGUGGAGGUUCUGCUCGGAGACUCACUGACUCUCAGCUGUGGAGCCCAUGGCAACCCUCGACCAACUGUUGUCUGGCAUAAAGAUGAGAGCCGAAUUGAAAAACAUGAAAAAAUAAAAGUACUCAAUGGUACCUUGUCUUUGGCCUCCGUCACAAGAAAUAUUUCAGGAGUCUACAAAUGUCACGUGUCCAACACAGAGGGGAACCUGACCCACUCAACGCAGCUGCAGGUCAAAGGGCCUCCAAUCAUCCUCAUCUCCCCAGAGGACACCACUCUCAAUAUGUCCCAGGAUGCAAUUCUGCAGUGUCAAGCUGACGCCUAUCCUUCUAAUCUUACCUAUGAGUGGCUGAAACAAGGACAGAAUGUUUACCAUAUUGAAUCUCUAAAGUCCAGAGUGAAGGUUUUGGUGGAUGGAACACUUCUUAUACCUAAUCUCAUCCCGGAGGAUGCUGGCAACUACACCUGUAUCCCAACUAAUGGGCUGCUCACCCCGCCCUCAGCCUCUGCACACCUGAAAGUGAAACAUCCUGCACGUGUUGUCCGAAUGUCCCGAGAAACAUACUUGCCUGCGGGCAUGGAGGGUGUCAUUACCUGUCCUAUUCAGGCUGAUCCCCCUGUGCUGUACGUCAACUGGACCAAAGAUGGGAACGAUUUGAAUCUUGACAAUUUCCCAGGUUGGAUGGUAAACUCAGAGGGCUCUGUUUUCAUAGCAUCAGCCAAUGACAACGCUGUAGGCAUGUACACAUGUACGGCCUAUAACAGUUAUGGCACCAUGGGAAAGUCUGAACCCACUAAGGUCAUUUUGCAGGACCCGCCAACGUUCUCAGUGAGUCCCCGGCGCGAGUAUCUCCAGGAGGUGGGCAGAGACUUGAUGAUCCCCUGUGAAGCCAUCGGAGAUCCUGCUCCAAACAUAACGUGGAGCAAGAUUGGCCCUACUCCUCGCUCGCUGUACAUUGUGUUGGCAAAUGGCUCCCUCCUGCUGCAGCCGCUCAGUAAAGACCACCAUGGGGGCUGGGAGUGUUUGGCCACUAAUCGUGUAGCGACUGUCAGUGCAGGCACUGUGGUCAUGGUGCUGGGUACCAGUCCUCACGUUGUGUCCUCAGUAACGGUCAUCGCAGAGAUGAACCAGGCCAACGUGUCCUGGGUGCCUGGUUUUGAUGGUGGAUACACCCAGAAGUUCACUGUAUGGGUUAAGCAAGCAUCCAGAGGGAAACAUGAAUGGGCCUCUUUGCCUGUGCCGACUUCCAAAAACUACCUGCUGGUGACUGGGCUACUUGCUGGCACCGGCUAUCAGUUCAGUGUCCUACCUCAGAAUAAACUCGGCUCUGGACCUUUCAGUGAAAUUGUUACUGUGCGAACACAAGCUGUGCCAACAGAAGCACCUACAACUGUCACCUCUCUCCCAAUCCUGGAUCCUCCAAUAUUCCUGUCGGCCAAUCAGACAGACCAAGGUGUUCUCCUCCAGUGGUCGCCUCCUGAGGCUCCGUCCUCUCCGCUGACAGGUUAUGUGCUGCAGGCCCGCAGGGAUCAGGGCCAGUGGGUCAUCCUCAGCAGCAACAUCAGUGCCAAUCAGAGUGAACUAAUUGUACAAGGCCUGCUAAGGGACUCCAGUUAUGAUCUGAGACUCAUGUCUCGCAGCAACAAACUUCUCAGUGAACCGAGCGAGUCUGUCAAUGUAUCCACCACAGGGAUGGAGAUUUACCCCGUGCGACCAAGUUUCCUGGAGUUCAUCCCUGAGCCUCUGUUGGCUGGUGUGUUAGGGGGAGUGUGCUUCCUGUUUGUGGCCAUCAUCCUCUCGCUGGUGACAGCGUGCUACAUGAGUCAGAGGAGACAGCGUCGGCGCAGAAAGAGAAGACAAGAUCUCCCAGCUGCCCUCCAGAAGAGCUCAUCUCCAGACUCUCGCACACCUCCUCGCAGCCCAGACAGCGUCCUAAAGCUGAAGCUGUGCCCACCGCUUCCCUUCUUCCCCAACUCCAACUCCUCACAGUCCGACCGGUCAUCCUUUGAUAAAGGCAGCCGUGGGGAGUACCACGACCAGCGGAAACAACUCCUGUCCAACUCGUCUCCACCACCACAUUACACACUCUUUGAGAGCCACCUGGGCUCUCAGGCCUCACCGGCGGCCCUGGAGUCCAUCUCCAGAGGCCCAGAUGGACGAUUCAUUGUCCAACCACUGCAAGAGCGCUGCAGUCCCUCCAAUAGGAAAAACGUGAGGAAGGAGGUCCUGCAAAUUAAUGGUGGGGCGAGUGGCUCAGGAAGCAACAGGACAUCGUUCAGGGACUCCCCAAAGUCGAGUAUCUUGAGCUCAGAAAAGGAUGAGAGGAAGGAUUCCCCUCUGACUGUGGACGUCCCAGAGCUUAGCAGACCUCCUUCCUCUCCUGGAAGAGUACGAGCCAUGGCCAGAAACUUCUCCCGUCACGGCUGCUUUUAUUCCGACGACGAACAAGGCUCAGAGGCUCUGUUGGAAAGAGCCAGCUUCUAUUCAGACAACAGCGAGAAAAAACCCAGUGAUUCUCUCAGGAGGUAUCGCAUGCCGGGCAACACUGAAGAUCUGUUCCAGAGUUUGGGGAGGAGAGCUAAGCUGCUAGAUAAAGACGAAGACAGACCGCACCAUUCAGGCUACCGACCUAUGGAGAGUCAGCUGACUGAUAACAGCACCAUGGUCUCACAACUUGACAGUGAGCUGGAGAGAGAUAGUAUUAACAAAUGUGCCCAACUGGCAAAGGAGAGGGAAGAAAUGGAGAGGGAGCUGCAGAGCUACACAGUCGAUCAAAGAAGUCGAGGUCGUGUUAGAGAAGAGCAACAGUCUAAUAAGACAAAAAGCCCUCAAAGAGGGUCACCCAAGUCAGAAGAAGACCCUAUUUGGAAGCCACAAGAUGUUACCAUCAGACAGAAACACAAGCCCUCAGGUCAGACGAGUCGGGUGUCUGACUAUAGGAGGGCGUGCUACUUUGGGAACACCAGCAGUCCCAUGGACCGGCUCCCUUCGUCUCGCAUACAGUGGGACAUUAGCCCUGUUACAUCUAUCACCAGCCUCAUGCCUGCACAGAGCCCUCGGCAGACCACAUCGCCAAGAUCACACCAUGCUCGCACAUGUAGGGAAACCACAGAGGACUCUUUAGCUGUUGAUUCAUCACGCUCUCCGGUUACCCAGAACACCUCCCUCCCCAUGCUCUCCCCUGACGUCUCUGUAGAAAGUCCUCCUGUCCUGUGUCUGGAAACACCAGAGAGAGCCAGAUCACUGAGUCCUCCAAGAGGGACAGAUCAAGACUCAAGGGAACAGACACAGGAUGGAGGCGCUGCUUCAAGAGCCAGACAUUCGUACGCUUAUGCAGGCACUCAGCCCUGGGAUUCGUCUGCCAGAGGUCCUUUAGUUGACAGAGAGAGGCCUGGAAGUUCAACUUCUCCAUCAUAUGAUCAACCUGAGAGAGCUGCAAAAUGCUACACAUCCACAAGGGAUCCCAGUCCCUCAAGUUAUGCUACCUUACCCUAUGAGCACCAUGAAGUAGGGGCAAAGGCCAAAGAAAAAGACACUCAGGCUCGGGACGGCCGACGAAGUUCGGGGUUUUACUCUGAGUUGGAAAGAGAGGGAGUGCGGACGCGCUCCAGGAGAAGUGACAAAUGUCUCUUCUCUGAUAGUCCUAGCCCUAUUUCAACACUGACACUUGUAGAAGAGGUCGAGAGUGACCAAUCCCAGUUUUCUGUCCCCGGGAUGUCAGGGUCCUUCAAGGCAAAGCCUGCAGCUCCAUCUCCCCAAAUGUCCCCACUGCAGACAAGUGCAAUUCUUGAAUACCUGAGCCUUCCAGGUUUCAUUGAAAUGAGCGUGGACGAGCCCGUGGAAGAGGCUACGGUCACAAACACUGCUGGACAAAGUUCAGAAUCAAAGCCGGAAAAAUCCCCGGGAGCUAAGCCUGAUGUCGUUCCUACAAACUGGGAGGUUCAUGUUCAGGACCACCGUUCUGCUGGUGCUGCAGAGGCCAGCUUUCAUGCUGGUAAAGAACAAGGCCCUAAACGCCAUGUGGAAGCUAGAGAUUCUACACAUAGAGUAAGAUUUCCAGAUGACACCAGACCUUCGUCACCUGGUCCAGAAAAAACUAGCAAGCAGCUCUAUAAUGAGAAAACACAAAUUCGAGUCGGGAACAAAAGUACAGACGGACCUGAAUCCAGACUCGGAUCCCGUUCAGCUCAAACCUUGUUCAGUGCAGCAAGAGGAAUGGCAGAUAUAGUGUCGAGACACUCGCAGAGUUUUGUAGACAGUAGUGAGUCUUUAUCAGAGCAAUCCCAAAGACAAGCUUCUCAGGGCAGCAGGACUAAUAACAUUGCAUCACGAAUAUGUCAAGCCCCUGUGCCAUUUCUAAAGAAGUCCUUAAGCAUAGGCCCUUGUAGGACGCUCUCAGGUAUGGGACCGCCUCGUCCUUUCCUAAAGAAAUCCAUUAGUUUAGGAUCGCAGAGGUGGGAGCACUUUGAGAACCCGAGGACAUAUAUUUCUGAGAGAUGUUACUGGGAUGAGUUCCCUAACCCGGAUGUCAGGGUUAAGUCCUAUAGUUUGGGUCGCAGUCCGCCUUCCUUUCCCAGGCCAGGCCCCUCCUGGAGGGAGUAUGUCCCAUUCAGACGCCCCAGCAUGGGGAGCUUAGAGAGGCCUCACCACGCACACAGACCUUUAGCUAGUCCUUCCUACCUCACUCCUUCCAUGUACCCACCCAGACAAGCCUCAAUGUCCCCGAUGCUGGAACCCUCCGAUCCACGACGGCAAGCCACCGUUUUCCCAGAGUCCUCCAGAUGGUCUCCCUCUUAUCAAGAUACCAUGAGAUCUGCCCCGCAUAAAUAUGUCCCCAUGCCCUCUUCCAUCCCUGUCCCCCAGUACCAACACUGGCCAGGAUCCAGAGCGGAAAGCAUGAGGCCCAUGGAGCCCUGCAGGGGCCCUCCGAGGUCCUACCUGCCCAGAGGCAUCAGCUGGCCCUCACCUUGCUACUCCCCUUUUCCACCUAGAGAGGCAGAAAGCUACAGACAGCCAGACAGGAUGAUGAGGAGGGGAGGGGAGACAGAGGUGAGAGAGACCAGGGAGGGAGGGAGGGCCAGUUAUGCCAGUCAGAGCAGUGGUAGAGGUAGCGCCGGUCUCUUCCGACAGUCCCUGUCCAUCACUCCAACGCUGCUCAGCUCCCCAGAAACCACAGAGGAAAGCGAGCGGCACAGAGCCGAGAUGGAGCCGCCUGAGAGGAGAGCGAAAAGAAGGAACACAUCAGUAGAUGAGAGUUAUGAGUGGGACUCUGCUGAUGCGUGUGUGGACUCGGAGGUCCUGGAGGCCAUGAGGUUUGAUCAGUCACAAAUGGGUUCUCGGAGAGGCAGGGGGGAGCUCAGACAUGAUCAAACCGCUGGCCUCCAGGACCAGCGACGCAAAGGCCCGUGUCCCUCAGUCAGCCCGCCAGUUUCCAACCCACCUCGCUGCCAGUACAGCCGCUCCCUAAGCGAGGAGCGCUUCAACGCUCUCCGCCAGGAGUACCAAGAGUACAGGCAGGCUCAGGAAUCCAUCUGUUCCCGUGAGCCCUGCCUCGCCCCUGGUCACAAUUCAGACUCCGACUCCAGCUCAGCGCUGCUUUAGCAGCUUAAAUCUGGUAUAUCUAAGAAACAUACCAAAAAGCAGUUUUAAUGAACAGACGACAGCACUGUGGUCCUGGACACCGUCACACCUCACUGGAGCUUUCUCAUGUGAAAGAACUCAUUGUUUCAUUUAUCCUCUGUUACAGCAGACUAAAGCAAAGGAAUUUAAAGUGACAGCACCAUAUGCUGUUUGCCAUCAAAUGUGACAGACUGCAACCCCUCAGUUGUCAUCAGACUACACAUUUCACAUACUUGUUCCAUUGUGCUUUGCAUAAUGAAGCUGAGAAGGGAUUAUUUAUUUUUCUAAGAAGCUCGUGCAACUGUAUUUUGGGAUUUUUUUGACAAUCAGGCACACAGGGCCCCAUUGAGAAAUGAAAUGCUCACCAUGACUAAGAUAGGUAUACAGUUGAGAAAGUCCUGCUUUAUAAAAGCAGCAGCAUGCUACAUAAUGAAGGUUGCAUUUCAAGUCUAUCGCCUCAAACACUUCCCUUUAAAUAAUAAAGGGAUGCUAAUGACAAUUAUGUAGGUCUGUGUCCAAGUUAACGUCUUGUUUGUGGAAAUCUGUAAUGUUGCCUGUGCUACCAAUCAAACAGUGCUCGAAGCAUUCUCACCAUUAUCUCCCUCUGAAUAUGACAACAGUACUUAAAUAAUAGUACCUAAAGAUCACAUCAUUAAACAACUUUAACUAGGAUCAGUUCUCAAUAUUAACAUUGUUACUCCAAACAAUAAUUUACUGUAUUUAAAAGAAGAAUAUUUGUCACUGUGGUUUUCCUGCUGGUUCCCUGAACUAAUUUCCUGAUAUUAUAUUCACUAUAAAGUUCCCCUCGUUAAGACUUUAUUAAUCAAAUCACUUCAAAUAGCCUCCCAGUAUUUGUUCAAAGUGUACAAAUGUUUAUAUGUACGUUAAUGUGAAUGAACCCUGCUGUAUUGUAUAUGUUCCACGUCAUCAUUUCAUCAGAUUAGAAAAUGCUACUUUACUCCAAACCAUGCCUCUGUGAUUAAAUGACAGAUGCAGUAAAACUUGAUAAGAAACAGGGAAAAAUAAUUUCUGCCUUAUUUUUGUUAAUGUCACAAACACACACUGGUUGAUUGACUGCGUACGGUUUGAGCUGACAAGAUAAACUGACCAGAGGAUUAAAAAUGAUUGAAAAGUUCAACCGUUUUUUUUUUGUUUGUUUUUUUACAGAAGUUUUGCUCACAUGAUGAGUAUUUCUGUAUAUUUAUUAAGGUGAGUUAUGAUAUGCAACAAUGUUUACAAUUCACUUCAUUGAUGUGAAGGCAGCACUGUGAAUAUUUCAUCGACUUCUGAUUCUGUAUUUGAAUUGCUGUGAAGUCUGUAAUGAAUUUUGUGCCCAUUAAUCUACUUUUUGUUUUUUGUUUCGUUUUUUACUGAAAAAAAUUACGGAAGUUGUUUUUAUUACGUCACCUGACAAACAGAUUUGAAAAUUAUCUUUGUAGCUGAGAUCUAAGAUUUGUAUUAUAUUUGCUGACACAACCCAGAUGAAAGGCUCCAUAUGGAGUGAGUAUGCAUUUCUGAUGAUGGUUUUGGAAGUUUUGUAUAAACUGGAAAUUUUUAUAUCUUGCCACCUGGUUGUUUUUGUCAUUUUUAUAUGUUUGUAAUGAAUAAAUUGUUUUAUUCUGAAAGCA